GGGAGGCAGGGGAGCAAUGACGUACAGGCGGCUCCCCCGGGGCAACCAGGGCGGGCAGCGGGGGCUCCGGCCCGGGCCGGGACCCGGGCCCGGGCCCACCGCCGGACCAGGCCGCGCCGUCCCGCGUUGCCCCGGCAACAGCCCCGACCCUAAGAUGGCGUCGCAGGCGGCGGCGUCACGGCGCGGCGGCGCGCAUGCGCGGCGGCGCGCACGGCCCUUCCCCCCCCCACUUCCCUGCCGCUCCCCCGCCGGAAGCGCUGGCGCGGCGGGGGGGCGGGUGUUUCCGGUUCCGGGUCGGCGGCGGCGGCCGAGGAAGGGGGGGGGGGCGCUGGGGCCGCGGCUGUUUGUAAACUUGUCGGUGCGGCGGGCGGCGCGGAGCGGAGCGCGGAGGGGUCGCGGCAGGCGAAGACCGGCACCGGCACCGGCACCGGCAGCGGCAGCAGCGUUGUCCCCGCGGGGAGCCGGCUCCCGCCCCGGGCAGGGGGGGGCGGGGGGGGGAAGGGAGGGGAGAUGUCCCCUCUCUAAGAAGCGUUACGGGCAGCUGCCCAUCCUGCCUAACCCUGCCUAACCCUGCCAGCCCCCCCCGGGGUUGAGGAGGAAGCGCCUCACCGCACCCGCGGCGCCGGGGCAAAGAUGUCGGCAAAGUGGAGGGCGAGCCUCCUGGCCUGCGAGGGCCUCUCCGGCGUCUGCCUGGUGCCGACGGUGGCCAGCAAGAAGAUGAUGCCGAAACAGAGCUCGAAACAAGGCGAGAGCAGGGAGAGGGGGAGCAGCCCCGACGUGCUGGCUCUCCGUCAGGACGGCGAGAAAUCCCGCAGUCGCAAAGAGGAGGAAACGGCCGAGGCCUCGCAGCCGAAAAAAUCCAUUAAAAAGCGCCGCAAGCGGGUGGCCGGCGCCGAGGGACCCAGCCGCUCCUCCCGGAGAGGAUCCCGCCUCGGCAGCCAGGUGGUGGUGAUCGAGCAGAACGGCUCCUUCCAGCUGAGGAUCCCCAAAAACUUCAUCUGCGAGCACUGCUUUGGCGCCUUCCGCAGCAGCUACCACCUCAAGAGACACAUCCUCAUCCACACCGGCGAGAAGCCCUUCGAGUGCGAUGUGUGCGACAUGCGCUUCAUCCAGAAAUAUCACCUGGAGCGUCACAAGCGCGUCCACAGUGGGGAGAAACCCUACCAGUGCGAGCGCUGCAUGCAGAGCUUCUCCAGGACAGACCGGCUGCUGAGACACAAACGAAUGUGCCAAGGUUGCCAAACCAAGACCCCCGACUCGCAGCUGCUGCUCUAGGAGCCGAGCUGAGCCCCGGCACCGGCUGGGAACGCCGACGGCAGCUCCGGGGGUGGUUGUUUUUCCUUCCUCCCCCCCCCCUUCCUUCCUCCUCCUCCGUUUCUCCUGGGUUUUCGCCCCUGUUCCAGCUCCCCGCGGCAGGGACGGGGAAGAGCCGGCCGCUCGCCCGGACUUUCAGCUGACAGCGCUGUCCAUAACUCGAAGAUGAUCUGGAAAAACCUUCCCCCGACCGGCAGAAACCGCAGGCAGCUGCCUCUAAACCUGCCUCUUAUUUCCCCCCCCCCCCCCGUUUUAUUCCCGAGUCCCGCCCUCCCCCUCUCAGGAAAGGCUUGGAGCCCCAAGCCGGCCUAAAGCAGAGCAAAACCGGGACGCCUCCAGCCCCGACCGCUUCCUUUCGGCCGCCGGACGGGCUCGCGCAGGCGCUCGGCUCUCAGGUAGGAGGGUCUCGCAGGGAGGAACCGUGUCUAACCCCUUUUUUUUUGUUGUUUUUUGAGAAAAAAGAGGAAAAACAAGCGUUGGUGGGGCUGCAGCAGCUGUCGGCUGCGGGGGGGGGGGCCGUCCCAGCAGCAAGCUCUGCGGUGCUUCCCUUUUCCUUUUGAGUUUCUUCAUUGGGUUUUUUUGUUGUUGUUUUCUUCUUCUUUCCGCGCGCGUUUUGGGGCCGUUGCCUUUGCUCGCCUCCACCCCCGGCUCUGGUGGGGGGGCCGGGGCUGUGACGCACCUGGGGGGGGGUGCUGAGGUGAGACGGAGCCUCACCCAAAAACGGGCCGUUUGCUGGAAAACCCCGAUGCUGAGGGGAAGACCCUUGACUUGACCUGAACAUCCCCGGAGCCUCGGGGGGGG